GGAGGAUUCCGUUUCGACCCGCCCUCCGUUGCUUUAUAAAACAUCGCGGAUUCCACCGCCUUGGUCGGAAACCGGCCGUCGUCUCCCUCCGCGUGCGUGUCCCUGUUCGUUUGCUCGCCGGCGCGCGCACGCAAGAGAGAGAGAGAGAGAGAGAGAGAGAGAGAGAGAGAGUUCCAUGGCGAGCGCCAUUUGCGGCGGCGGCUUGGCGAGCGUGUUCGCGCCGAGGCGACGCGGGAGCUCGAGGCGGUUCGCGCUGAAACCCGGCGAGACGAGCUUCCAGCGCCGGCUCCUCGCGCCGAACGUGAGGGCCUCCUCAUCCUCCUCCUCCUCCUCCUCCUCGGCCUUCGUCGAGACUAAGCAGCCGCCGUCGCCGCCGUCGCCGCCGGAAGCUACUGUGGAUAAGGAGAAACUCGGCAGCAACCAGAAUGUAUUAGCUUGUCCCAUAUGUUAUGAGCCGCUAACAUUCACUGGCGAUCUGGUGUUGUCUGUGGAUUCUGCAUCCGGGUCUACUUUGGAGUGUGGUACCUGCAAGAAGACCUAUGUGGGCAAUGAAACGCAUUUUGAUCUUACAGCGGCCAGUGGAACCAAGGAAUAUGGCGAACCCAUGGCCCUUUCUACCGAGCUUUUCAGGACUCCGUUGGUAUCGUAUCUCUAUGAGAGGGGAUGGCGUCAAAGUUUUUCAGUUUGGGGUGGUUUUCCAGGUCCAGAGAAAGAGUUUGAAUUGACCAAGGGAUUCCUUAAGCCAGUAUUGGGAGGAAACAUCGUUGAUGCAAGUUGCGGGAGUGGUCUUUUUUCAAGACUUUUUGCCAAGAGUGGACUGUUCUCUCUAGUUAUUGCUCUGGACUACUCUGAAAAUAUGUUGAAGCAGUGUUACGAGUUCAUUCAGGUGGAGGAGAAUUUUCCGGAAGAGAAAUUGGCAUUGGUCAGAGCCGACAUCUCUAGACUUCCUUUUGCUUCAGGUUCUAUUGAUGCCGUGCAUGCUGGUGCUGCUUUACAUUGUUGGCCUUCACCAUCAACAGCAGUUGCUGAAAUCAGUCGAGUUUUACGACCAGGUGGAGUUUUUGUCGCGACUACAUACUUGCUUGAUGGUCCGUUUGCAUUAUUUCCUCUUCUGAGGCCAUUAUGCCAGAAUAUAAGUCAAAUAUCUGGCAGCCACAUCUUCCUCUCUGAAGGCGAAUUAGAAGAUCUUUGCAGAACCUGUGGGCUGAUUGGCUUCAAAUUUUUGCGGAAUGAGCGAUUCGUGAUGAUCUCGGCUUCCAGACCCCGCUAAGAUUUCAGAUUAGCCAGCAGGUUCAUCGAUUACUUUGAAUAACAGAGCAAACACAAUAGUCAAGUAAUUACAGGCACCACUGUGAAUCUCUCACAUCGUUAGCAAUGAAGUUUAGGAAAAUGAAGAUGCAUAUAUAUACAACUUCUUAUUGUUUAAAGCACAGGAUGAUAAAAUAAAGGCUGCUCUCUUAAUUUCUUGAUGUGUAAAUACCACCCAUUCGGCGGUCAAUGAAUGAGUUGAAAUAACUUUUCGUUGUCCCAUCGGUUGAUGUAAUGCAAAUCAGGAACAUGAGAUUGUUGAAGAACA